GUGCCGAGACACACUCAGUCCACAGCAGCGAGAGUGUCGGAGGCUUCCCCAUCUUUUGGAACCUCCUUCGUUUGCCCAGUCAUUCCUUUCUUCCGCUGUCUUUCGUCAAGAUGCGGGUGAUACGGGCAGUGGCUGCGCUGAACAGCGGCUGCGCUGUGGGCUCCAGGCAAGCAGUUCGCUAUGCCGGUCUGACCAGCCGAGUCGCCGCCGCCAACUCGCCGGCAGCGCAAUGCUACAACUCCCGUCUCAGUGGCCUCCGGCACUUCAGCAGGAGUCCCGUCUCCCGCGCCUCAAGCGCCGCAGAGGCUGCGUUGAAGCAGGCCAAGGAGCUCGCCGCCGCCAACAUGACCCCCGAAGCCGCCGCCGCCCGCAUGACGCCCGAGGAGAAAAAGAGGUUGUCGAUGCUUCGAAAUAUUGGUAUUGCAGCACACAUCGACAGCGGCAAGACCACCGUGACCGAACGCAUUCUCUUCUAUACCGGCCGUGUGAAGGCGAUCCACGAGGUCAGGGGGCGCGAUGGCGUCGGCGCCAAGAUGGACUCCAUGGAGCUCGAGCGGGAAAGAGGCAUCACCAUUCAGUCCGCUGCCACCUUUGCCGACUGGAAGAAGACGGAAAACGGCAAGGAAGAGACGUACCAUUUCAACUUGAUUGACACGCCUGGCCACAUCGACUUCACCAUCGAGGUCGAGCGUGCCAUGAGAGUGCUGGACGGCGCUGUCAUGGUGCUCUGCGCCGUCAGCGGUGUGCAGAGUCAGACCAUCACCGUCGACAGGCAGAUGAAGCGCUACAACGUGCCGCGCAUCAGCUUCGUCAACAAGAUGGACCGCAUGGGCGCCAACCCGUUCAAGGCGGUUGAGAUGAUCAACUCCAAGCUCAAGAUUGCCGCCGCGGCGGUCCAGAUCCCGAUUGGUUCCGAGAAGGAGUUCGAGGGUGUCGUCGACCUGAUCCACAUGAGGUCCAUCCGAAACGACGGUCAGCGGGGCAUCAACGUCAAGGUCUCGAACACGAUACCGGAGCAUCUCAGGGAGCUUGCCGAACAGAAGAGGCAGGAACUGAUUGAGAAGCUGGCUGAUGUCGACGAUGAGAUUGCCGAGAUGUUCCUCGAGGAGAAGACUCCCACGCCAGAGCAGAUCAAGGCGGCCAUUCGCCGGGCUACCAUCAGCCUCAAGUUUACCCCCGUGCUCAUGGGAUCUGCCCUGGCCGACAAGUGUAUCCAGCCCAUGCUGGAUGCUGUUUGCGAUUAUCUCCCGAACCCCUCCAACGUUGACAACACCGCCCUCGACCGGUCCAAGGGGGAACAACCCGUGAAACUUCUGCCUUAUAACUCCCUCCCAUUCGUCGGCCUCGCCUUCAAGCUCGAAGAGAACCCUUACGGCCAGUUGACUUACAUUCGAGUCUACCAAGGCUCGCUCAAGAAGGGCCAAUACCUGUAUAAUUCGCGCAAUGACAAGAAGGUUCGCAUCCCUCGUAUUGUGCGCAUGCACUCGAACGAGAUGGAAGAUGUCUCCGAGAUUGGUGCCGGUGAGAUUUGCGCCGUGUUCGGUGUCGAGUGCGCCUCUGGCGACACCUUUACAGACGGCCGCCUGCCUUACGGCAUGAGCUCUAUGUUCGUGCCCGAGUCGGUUAUGUCGCUCAGCAUCAAGCCCAAGCGCAGCAGCGACGCAGACGCCUUCAGCAAAGCCAUGAACCGAUUCAUGCGCGAGGAUCCGACUUUCCGCCUGCACGUCGACGAGGAGUCCGAAGAGACCAUUAUCAGCGGCAUGGGUGAACUACAUCUCGACAUCUACGUCGAGCGCCUGCGCCGUGAGUACAAGGUCGAAUGCGAGACGGGCAAGCCCCGCGUGGCCUACCGCGAAACCAUCAGCAAGCGCGCCGACUUCGACUACCUCCUCAAGCGCCAGACGGGCGGCCCUGGCGACUACGCCCGCGUGAUGGGCUGGAUCGAGCCCAACGCCGAGAAUCCCGAGGCCAACAAGUUCGAGGAGCGCGUUGUUGGCGGCACCAUCCCUGACAAGUACCUGGCCGCCUGCGGGAAGGGCUUCGACGAGGCCUGUAUCAAGGGUCCGCUGCUGGGCCACAAGGUCAUCGGCGCAUCCAUGGUCAUCACGGAUGGUGCCACCCACGUCACCGACUCCAGUGACUACGCCUUCAACCUGGCUACGCAGAUGGCCUUCCGCAAGGCCUUCACCGAGGCCGGCGGCACCGUGCUUGAGCCGCUCAUGAAGACGACCAUCACCGCGCCUGCCGAGUUCCAGGGUAACGUCCUCAUGCUGAUGAACAAGCGCGGCUCCAUUGUGGAUACCGAGGUCGGCGCCGACGAGUUCACCAUGAUUGCCGAGUGCAGCUUGAACGCCAUGUUUGGCUUCAGCACGCACCUGCGCGCCGCCACACAGGGCAAGGGUGAGUUCAGCAUGGAGUUUAGCCACUACGCUGCGGCGCCGCCGCAUCUGCAGAAGGAGCUGGUUGCGGCACACCAGAAGGAGUUGGAGGCCAAGCGGACCAAGUAAACUAGCAGGUUGGUUGGUUUCUGCUUGCCUUACCUCAUAUAUGAUGCCGGGCACACAACCCAUCCUCGGCCCUGACUAGGAAGCCGGGAGUUGGUAUGUCUUGAUGAUGGGAAGAGUUCCCUCACCUUCGCGUCGGGAAAUUAUCCCCCCACACGCACAAGGUGAAGUGUACAGGUUACUUCUGGGAUAGAUCACGGGUAGAUGGUCAUGUCGCUGGGACUGGCGCCACAAGAUACAGGGGCCGGCUUGCAUUUGUAGCCUGGGUUUGUACGUAUAAGGGUUGUACUAUAUGAUACACGAUACAGCUUGCGGUUGGAGAUUGGGUACUGUAAUCAUGGGAUGAUACCAUCCUGCUUCAUGUUCUGGAGGGUCACUGCUCUGAAUUAUCAAGCCACGUGGUAUUCAUAUUGGAAAUUAGCCGCCGCAGAUUGGGGAGUUAAUACCUAUGCUUCCCUUUUAUUUAUCCCCAUAGACACCAG